AGAACGCCUCGUCCGAGUUUGUUCAAGGAAAUAUUCUUGCUGUGCGAACUACACGCAUCUGGCUACCUCGUUGUCGAAUAAGCAGAAUAACGCGAAGACUGCAAAGAUGACGAAAAGCGUGUCUGGAUGCAAGAGCUCCCAUAUUGAGGUCCCCUUUCAUGAGCCGGAGCCGAAACAGCAUUUCCAUGACCAAAAGGACGCUUCCGAUGCAAUACAGGCAAGCAAGUCCGUUGACGGAUUUGGUGACACUAAAGACGUGUCGACCGACCAGGUUGAGACGAGACGAGUGACUUUGGAAGUCAGUGAUGGUAACGACCAGCAUAAAGAAAGAGAUGCACCGGCAACAUAUCCGGCAGGAUGGAAGCUCGGAGCGAUCAUUAUCGGCUUGUGUCUCGCGUGUAUCCUGGUCGCAUUGGAUAAUACCAUCAUGGCCACUGCAAUCCCAAAGAUCACCAAGCAGUUCGGCUCUUUGGACGAUGUUGGGUGGUAUGGCAGUGCCUUCUUGCUCACGACCUGCAGUGUGAGCCUGCUUUACGGAAAGCUAUACACUUUCUUUCCCAUCAAAUGGGUAUACCUUACCGCGCUUGGUUUGUUUGAGCUCGGCUCAUUACUUUGCGGCGUCACCCCUAACUCUGUGGGAUUAAUCAUCGGGCGUGCUAUUGCGGGUCUUGGGGGCGGCGGAAUCUUUUCAGGGUCGAUGCUGAUCGUCUCUCAGUCAGCACCGAUGCGCCAGAGACCUAUAUACAUCGGGAUUAUAACCGCAAUAUUUGGGGUUGCAAGUAUUGCUGGGCCCUUGAUUGGCGGUGCGCUUACAGAUCGUGUCAGCUGGAGGUGGUGCUUCUAUAUUAACCUACCACUCGGAGGCGUCACAUUCCUCUUUCUUCUGUUCCUUUACGAGGCUAGAAAGCCCGUCAAAGCUGCAAAUGGGUUACAAGAGGUAUUCAUACAACUAGACCCUAUUGGGCUCUUUGUUUUCCUGCCAGCUAUGAUCUGCCUCUUGCUUGCUUUGCAAUACGGCGGCACCAAGUUUCCCUGGGACAGCGCACAGGUGAUUACGCUGUUUGUUGUCUUUGGCGUCCUAUUCAUUGUUUUUAUUGCUGUGCAACGUUGGCAACAGGAUCGAGCCACUAUUCCGCCUCGUCUCAUCAUGAACAGGAAUGUUUGGGGUGGUUCUGUCUUUAUUUUCUGUCUGAGCGCAUCAUUUUUGGUGUAUGCGUACUACCUGCCUAUAUGGUUCCAAAGCGUGAAAGGCGUAUCGGCUACAAAGUCCGGCAUCCUCAGCCUGCCCAUGCUGUUGGGCACAACAAUUUGUUCAGUCCUGGCCGGAGGCUUCGUCAGCGCUUUUGGCUACUACAUGCCAUUUGUCUACUUUGCAGCCAUUAUAACGACAAUUGCUGGUGGCUUACUGACCACCUUGCAGGUCGACUCCGGUCAUAGCAAGUAUCUAGCAUAUCAAGCGCUCUACGGCAUUGGAGUUGGCGCGGGAAUGUCGCAACCCAUGCUGGCUGUUCAAGCCACCCUCCCUCCGACUGAUACGCCCAGUGCCACUGUCAUUGUAAUGUUCAUGCAAUCACUUGGAGGGGCAGUGUUCGUGUCGGCCGCGCAGAAUCUGUUUCACAACAAACUUUUGGAGAAUCUGACUAACAUUCCAGAGGUUGAUGCAAAUCAGGUGAUUGACGCUGGGGCCACAAUGAUCCAAAGUGUUGUUUCAAAAGAGGUCUUGCCAAAAGUCCUGCAAGCAUAUAGCUCUGCCGUCACGUAUUCUUUCUAUAUCGCUGUUGCCUUUUCAGGGCUCUCCAUUUUUGGCGCUUUGCCUAUGCAGUGGCUAUCUAUGAGGAAGAAGAAGGCCUGAGUUAAAUUUGCCGGGUUGUACCCAUACCAGUACACGGUUGCUUUCUCAGGCUUUUUAUUGUGAUAUAAGGCAAGUGUACCUCAAGAACAAAACCGCAACAUCGGAAACAAUUUCUGCAUUUCCAUAGGAAGAAAUGAAAGCUUCUGUAGCCA